CUAAAGAUAUAUAUGGAGAAUGACUCAGAGGUGAAGGAGUUCAUCCUUGUGGGAUUAACAGAUGCUCCAGAGCUUCAAAUGCCUCUCUUCAUUAUGUUCACUGUCAUCUACCUCAUCACCCUGGUGGGGAACCUGGGAAUGGUAGUGAUCAUCUUUUGGGACUCCCGUCUCCACACACCCAUGUACUUUUUCCUUAGUAACCUCUCUCUGGUCGAUUUUGGCUACUCAACAGCUAUUACUCCUAAAGUGAUGGCGGGAUUCCUCAUGGGCAACAAAAUCAUCUCCUACAGUGGAUGUGCUGCACAAAUGUUCUUCUUUGGAGCAUUUGCCACCGUUGAAAGUUAUCUCCUGGCUUCUAUGGCUUAUGAUCGCCAGGUAGCCGUGUGUAAGCCCCUCCAUUAUUCUACCAGCAUGACAUCCGGUAUGUGUGCUGCUCUAGUCAUUGGCUCUUAUUUCUGUGGUUUUCUGAACUCUGCCAUUCACACAGCAGACACCUUCAGUCUCCACUUCUGCUGUUCCAAUGUGGUUCCUCACUUUUUCUGUGAUAUUCCAUCCCUUUUGGCUCUCUCUUGCUCUGACACACAUAUCACUGAAUUAGUGAUUUUCUUUGUUGUGGGAUUCAAUGUCUUUUUUGCCAUUAUUGUCAUACUGAUGUCCUAUUUAUUCAUUUUCAUUGCCAUCUUGAGAAUGCGCUCAGCUGAGGGCCGCCAGAAAGCCUUCUCCACCUGUGCUUCCCACCUCACGGCUGUGUCUAUAUUCUAUGGGACAAUUAUCUUCAUGUAUUUACAACCCAGUUCCAGCCAUUCCAUGGACACAGACAAAAUAGCCUCAGUGUUUUACACCAUGAUCAUCCCUAUGCUAAACCCUCUCAUCUACAGCUUGAGGAACAAGGAAGUUAAGGGUGCCUUUAGAAAAGUUGUUGAGGGUACAAAGUCUUCAUUAGGCCUCCAACUUUAA